AUCAGACUAAGACAGAGAAUGCUCUCUAUGGUGGUUGUGUAGAAGUUUGUCAGCAGCCGAGAGUGGAGUCCAGCCUGUCUGAGCCUCCUGAGGAAAAAAGACUUUGCCAGGCCUUUUCUACCAGACAGCAAUGAACAAUGACCAUAGUUGACAGAUCUUCAGAAAAGUCUGACCACGAGUCAGUCGGGUGCAAGCGAUCCCCCUUCACCAGUGGAGACGUGGGGAUGGAUGGCAGCUGUUCCAGCAGCUGGGCAGUGGGCCCCACCAUACCCAGUGACUCUCCGAGGCUUAAGGCUCCAGGAGGCUGUCUGGGCCCGACUCCUGGAGCUGCCGUCUACAACAGUACUCCCUCCUCUGUGGACCGGCCCAAGGAGCAAGUGAUAUGCAGCAGUGACGGCAUUGACUUGCCCCAGAAGGUCCUCUUCCCUCCAGAGCGGCUGAACUUGAAGUGGACCCAGGUUCACCGCAUUGGUGCAGGCCUGCAGAACAUGGGGAACACCUGUUUCCUCAACUCAGCCCUGCAGUGUCUCACCUACACCCCUCCGUUUGCCAACUACAUGUUGACACGGGAGCACUCUAAAACAUGUCAUGAGCCGGGGUUCUGUAUGAUGUGCACCAUGCAAAACCACAUCAUUCAGGUUUUUGCCAACUCUGGGAAUGUCAUCAAGCCCAUUGGUGUGCUCAAUGAGCUCAAAAGAAUAGCAAAGCACUUCCGCUAUGGAAGCCAAGAGGAUGCCCAUGAGUUUCUGCGGUACACAGUGGAUGCUAUGCAAAAGUCCUGCUUACCUGGAACCAAAUUGGACAGGCAAACACAGGCAACUACUUUCAUUCACCAAGUAUUUGGCGGGUACCUACGGUCCAGAGUGAAAUGUUUAAACUGCAAAGCAGUCUCAGAUACAUUUGACCCUUUUCUGGAUAUUACUCUGGAAAUUAAGACGGCUCCCAGCGUCUCCAAGGCUCUGGAGCAGUUUGUUAAGCCAGAGCAGCUGGAUGGAGAAAACGCCUACAAAUGCACCAAGUGCAAAAAAAUGGUCACAGCCUCAAAGAGAUUUACCAUCCACCGCAGCUCUAAUGUGCUCACACUCUCACUCAAACGCUUUGCAAACUUCAGUGGAGGCAAAAUUACAAAGGAUGUGAAGUAUCCAGAGUACCUAGACCUGCGGCCCUUCAUGUCUCAGUCCCAAGGAGAGCCCCAGGUCUAUGGCCUGUAUGCGGUGCUGGUCCACUCUGGAUUUAGCUGUCAUGCUGGACACUACUUCUGCUAUAUUAAGGGAAGCAAUGGUCAGUGGUAUCAGAUGAACGACUCCUCUGUGUCCAUCAGUGACAUCAGGUCUGUUCUCAACCAGCAGGCCUAUGUCCUUUUCUACAUCAAGUCCAGUGAUGUGAAAAAAACAGGGGACUACAGUCACAUGAGCCAUAACCCAGGAAUCCCUGGUCAGUCGUCUCCACGGCCGGUGGUGAUACCACGCAUCAACACCACGGUCCACCACAACAACAACAUUGGCUUCAUAGGUCCCCAGCUGCCUCCACACAUGACCAAGAGCACUCUCCACGUCAAUGGGAAUGGAUCCCUGAGGGACUAUCCCACAAGCUCCAAACCCAGCACCAGCAGCAGUGUAGUGGGAAAACCUAGCCACGGACCGGCCUCUUCCUCUUCCAUCUCCCACUCGAUCAGCCGGCCCACAGUGAUCCCAGACCACGACAAACGCCAGAAGCUUUCAUUCUUCAUUGGACAAGGCAAACAGAACCGCCCUUCCUCCUCUUCCUCCUCCUCGUCCUCUUACAGCCAGCCGUCCUCUGCCAGCAGCAGCUCCUCCUCCAGCUCUUUAUCCUCCUCACAGUCUACCUCAGACGUCCACUCAGACGUUCGCUUUGUUCCACGUCAGCUCAACCACGUUAAUGGCAAGUCUUGCAGUAACGGGGAUCACCACACCGGAGGUAAUGGAGCGUCAUUCCUGGUGCCGUACAGCCAAGAGUCUUCAGAGGAGUCGGACCAGGAGAACUGUGGCGCUCUGGAUAACGGCUGUUUCACCAAGUCUCACCUUAACGGAAACAACAGAACAGGAGAUGUCUUUGAUAAUUCUCCUCAAGCCACAAACGGAGAGUCCGGAGUGCACCAUAAUGGUAAUGGAUUAAAUGGUUCAACCAAUGGCGCCUCAAAGUCAGGCCAAAAUGGACACCAUUAUGGACAGCACAAAGUCAAUGGACACAACACCUCUGAGAAGAUCUCUGGCAGUAAUCAUGGAAGUCUGUCCUCUGUGGCUACUGUUGCUGCUAAUGGGCUAGACAGUGACCACAGUCAACCAAGCAAAGAGGCACAUCAUUCAGCCUCAUCCCAGACCAGUUCUUCUCAGAGCAUCCUUCCUGCUGCCAGUGAAAGCCAGCACCCCUCCACUUCUCACGUAAGGGCUAAAACUGUGUCUGAUCCCCUGCCUCAGCAUACAGAAUCUUCCACUGUUAGCACUCCACCUUCAGCUGCCGCUACAAAGACCCAUUCUGUCGCAUCUAGAGAAUCUGCACCCUCUUCUGCACAUCACGGCAACCCUGCGGCCUUAUCCACCCCGCCGGACUGCUCCCAAAGCACCAGUGGGGCAUCUGCUGCUCCACAGAAGGUAAGUGUAAGUGGGGAUGAAGCCAAGAAUCUACCACAGACUAAUGGACCAUCAGCAGGGACUGAAGGACGUAAAGAUGCUAAGGAGCAGCAUCCGUCCAAGCCCAGUUCGAGAGGCAAUGAAAGACAAUCUUCCCGAGACAGGGAAAGACACAGACUGUACUCUGACAGGAGCAGAGACAGGGAUAGACACUACAGAGACAGGAGUCAUGAGCGAGAAAGUGACAGUGAUCGCCAUCGGUACAGACGGGAUUACCGAGAUCACCACUACCAUCACCGCUCGUACAGGGAUCGCUUGCCUGCUCAUGAUCGAUACUACAGAGACUGGGACUCUGAGCGUCGCUAUGAGCGGACUGUCCACCACCCCAGGGAGCGGGAUCGCGACAGGUGCUCUAACCAUUACCACUACUACCACCACCACCGAUCCAGAGAAGACUGUGAGCGGAGGGGACACGGGCAUUCCUACCGCGAGGACUCUCACAGUCGUCGGAGGUGGCAACAGGACAGUCAAGAAUCCCGGGUGAUGAGGGACAAGAGCUACGGCAGGGAGAGAAGCUAUCACUCUUCAAAAAAGGAGCCUUCCUUAUCUCCCACAGUGCCAGAAACAACAUCCUCAACGUCCAAGGACUCGCCUCAUCAGGCUCCUGUCUCCGUGUCCAGAUCAGCUCCAAACGGGGAGAAUCAGAAUUAUAAGAAGACUGCUGAUAACCUGAGCAAGGAGAGGGAGGACAGUUCUGAGCCGCGUCACUCUAAAAAACACAAAAAGAGCAAGAAAAAGAAGAAGUCCAAGGAUAAAGACAGAUACCGCGAGAGAGGUGAUGGGUCCGAACAGCGCAGCCCAGAAUCGGCUCAGAGCCACAAGAACAAAAGCAGCGAGGAGAGGGAAAGCCGCAAGCGACGUAACCACGAUAUCAAGGACGCUAAACACGACAAUGGUUGUUCUCCAGAAAAACGCCGGCGCACAGGCUACCCUGACAGAAGCAGCGACCAUCUACCCGCCUCCCAGCACGCCUCACCCACCAACGGUUCAACUCACCACCAUCUCAACGGAUACACAGGUAUUACAGGUCUUUCACACUCAAAGUCAUCCCCAAGAAUCACCACAGUGCUGACUUAAAAGCUACUGUGGAUCUUGUCUGUUUAAAGUGACUCCCACGGAUUUUCCAGUGGCCUGAAACACUGAGUGGGCGCUCUUUUUAAUGAUCAUAACAGUGUGCUCUAGUACAGUCAUCGCAUAAUAAUGAACAGUAGGAACUCGUGUAGGCACAAAUGUUUGAGCUCAUAGGUCUGCAGACAGAUUGCAUGAAGGGUUAGAAGGUAUCUUCUCUCCCGCUUCAGACACAUUAACACCAUUUUAACAACAGCAGAGGAAUGACAUCAACAACUCUUUGACAUGGUGCUUCUUCAUUGGGAGUAUAUUGUAUUUUUACUGCAAUUAAAGUGUUUUAAAAUGUUAAAAAAAUCUUUUUUUAAGGCAUUGAUUUGUUUGCCGUAAUUCUCCUAACUAUGGUUAAGAAUUAGAAAAAAAAAAACUGUCACCUUGUUGAACAUUUAUGAUGAAAAAUAUUAAUAUAUACUUGUAUGGACACAAACAAAGCCUGGAGCUUAAACAUCUCAACUGCUGCUCAGUGGAACUCAGGACUUGAAAACUUGUUAACAUCCAUCACGGAUAUCCACCUGCUUCAACUAAGAAUGAUUUUUAAAAAAAAAGAAAAAAAAAAAAGGGAAAUAGCCUAAGAGGAAAAAC